AUGAAACAUGCUAAGAUAUUAAAAGAAUUACCGGAGGUAGAAUCUCAACUUCAGAGCAAAAACUCAGGUCUCGUCCGACAGUACACUACUUCCCUAAGUCUGUACGUCGUCGGCGUUUUGAGAAGAUACCAAUGCUGCUUACUUGUAAUAUCCACGGAGCAGACAUCAGCAGUCUUCGAAGGCCUGUACAGAGUCGUCAAACCGGUGACGAACUUUCAUUUUCCGAACGACUGCAGUUCGGCGGAAAGAUGCGUCCUGGCACAUUUGUACGAUUUGUAUUCUUCGUCUUUGUAUGCAUCUUUGCAGCCGAUGCCUUCGAGCUAUGAUCUAAAUCCGCAGUUUAUGAUGGACGUAUUGACGAAUCCUAGGAGAGGAGGAAAAAUCGAGCAAUCCUGGGCCCGACAACUAUCAGAGUCCGCCAGCAACCGCUACUCCUUCGUAUGCAAUGCAAUUUUAUGUGUCUGCCGAGAAACCGACAACGACAGGCUAAAUGAUAUAGCCAUCACCUGCGCCGAAUUGACUGCCUGCUGCAACACACUCGCAGCAGAAUGGUUGGCCGUGUUAAUGGCCUUGUGCUGCUCCGGAACUCAUAGCCAGAGCUUUUAUAUGGAUGUCCUAGAUCAAGUGGAUGUACACGAUUUGGGAAUACAUAAUUCGUUGGCUGUUUUCACAUGCAUUUUAAUAGCGCGCCAUUGCUUCUCUCUGGAGGAUCUUGUUCGACACGUUGCUUUACCUUCACUGGCCAAAUCGGUAUGCCGUGGCGAUAUACCUCUCGAUGCUGAAGCUGGAGCCAGGCUGACUUGUCAUUUACUGUUAAGGCUAUUUAAGACUGUAGAGUGCCCUCAACCAGGAAUGUACUCAGUGAGCACAUCACCUCACCCAAUUCCUACCCAGGGCCCUCAAUAUUCCAUAAAACUCAGCUGUGAUAGACAUUUGUUGGCUGCUGCUCACAAAAAUAUUAGCGUGGAGCCAAUAUUGGCUGUACUAAAAACUAUAUUGGUUGUCGGUGAUACUACAGCACGUGACGGUGGCAAUUCAAAAAAUAAUGGUAAAAGAAGUGGACUGUCGACACCCGUACACCCAGGUAGCACCCCGAAGGGUCAACUUGGGGCGAGUGAAUUAUCACACAUUUUGGGGACUAGUGAUAUGAGUCUUAUUGGAGCUGCUGAUGACCCUAUGUUGGACUUGACUAGGAUACACCAUUCGAACAAUUCAGAAAACGUUUCAAGUCUUUCUGAAUUUGCACAGCAUGUGUUGAGGGAAAUUUGCUCACAGGAAUGGGUUCUAGAAAGAUGUCUGCAAAAUCCUGAUGCACUUUGCGAUCCUGAUCUCCUGUUAGAUAAUAUGCUAACUCCGAAACAAGCACAAAGAUUGCUGCAUAUGAUAUGUUAUCCCGAAAACGCAGCAAAUAUGAAGGAGGAUAUUGAUCAGAAGUCUAUUAUCGUGCGAAUUUUAGAGAAUUUGGAACAAUGGAGUUUACGCAUGUCCUGGUUGGAACUACAAUUAAUGUUCAAACAAUAUCCUAAUGUGGGUUCGUCUGAAUUAAACCAGUGGCUGGACAUGGUUGCAAGAGCUGCAAUUGAUGUGUUUCAGAUGCCAUCGGAUUGUCAAGAAAAAAUAAACAGAAGUAAAAGUAAAAAAAUAGAAUCGAUUUGGCUGGUCGCUCCUCUGGUCUCCAAAUUACCAAGUGUUCAAGGAAGAGUUUUAAAAGUCGCCGGACAAGUUUUGGAAUCAGGCAAUUGGUGCAGUAACAAGUGUAGAAACGAUUCUAAAAACAACGGAAACAACUCAUCAGAUUCUUCAAGGAAUAAAAGUAAAGGAUCUGGACCGAUGUUGAACCUUGCGUUCCUCGGAUUAAUUCUUACUUGUCUCAAAGGACAGGAUGAGCAGAAGGAAGGAUUGUUGACGUCCUUGCAUUCGCAAUUGUCGCAGUUUUUGCAGCUUUCAAAAGAUCGCAUGGGAAAUUUGGAUGAUACCGCUUCGAGGGAAAUGAUGUUGGAUGCUUUGAUCUUGCGAUUCAGUCUUGUGGGAGGAUUAUUCGACACCAUACAAAAGAACUCGACAUCAACAACUGACUGUGCAUUACUACUUGUCCAAUUAAUCUGCUCGUCUGUGAUCGAUUUGAAUAAUAACUCAGAGUUAUUUACUACAGUUAUAGACAUGUUAGCAACUCUCAUCCACUCGACAUUGGUCUCAGAUAAUUACUCAGACAGGGACGAAAAGAAAUUUUACCAAAACUUGAUGAAAAAAUUGAAGAAAGAAGUCGGUGAUCAUAAUCCAUCUAUACAGCACGUUAGACAAUUGCUGCAGUUACCUAAAUUAACCUGCGAAGUGAUUGCUUGUGAGCCUGUCGGAGUGCUUUUGGACACGAAGGGAAACAAAAUUAGUUUUGAUAAAAAACAGGUAAGAUGA